GGCGUCGCCAUAAGGAGCAGGACGGGUCCUACUUCCGCCCCCGCCCGGGACCUCACGCUGAGGCUGCCCCCAGCAACGCCUGUUACCCCAACCCCAGGGCCCUACCGCGCCCACAGCCCGCGCACUCUCUAUCCGACUCGGGGACUCCAACGGAUACACCCCGGCUAGAAAACCCGAGGGGUGGGCUGCGGGCUCGGGGGUGUCCGGGCGUUGUCAAUUUCGGCUCAGGCAGUGCCUGGACAGCCUGUGCGACGGAUGGAUGGAAGGACCCCAGGCGUCGCCUCCGAGUGUGGGGGAAGGAGGACCGGGGUCGCGCCGGGAGAUGGAGCUAGUCGGCGGCUGUUACGAGCAGAUUCUUUUCGGGUUCGCGGUGCGGCCGGAGGAGAACUGGACGCCUAUCCCUGACUUUACCCAUCAUGCCCACACUGCCUCAUUAUCAGCAGUAGCUGUGAAUAACAGAUAUGUAGUCACUGGUAGCAGAGAUGAAACAAUCCAAAUAUAUGAUAUGAAAAAGAAGAUAGAACAUGGGGCAUUGCUGCAUCAUAAUGGCACGAUAACUUGCCUGGAGUUCUAUGGGAAUGCACACUUAUUGAGUGGAGCAGAAGAUGGAUUAAUUUGUAUUUGGGACACAAAGAAAUGGGAAUGUCUGAAAUCCAUUAAAGCACAUAAGGGGCAUGUGACAUCUCUUUCUAUUCACCCUUCUGGAAAAUUAGCUUUGUCAGUAGGAACAGACAAAACAUUAAGAACAUGGAAUCUUGUAGAAGGACGAUCUGCCUUCAUCAAAAAUCUGAAGCAAAAUGCACACAUAGUUAAAUGGUCUCCCAGUGGAGAGAAGUAUGUGGUGGUCGUAACUAAUAAAGUGGAUGUCUACAAACUUGAAACAGCAUCUGUCAGUGGUGCCAUCACAACUGAGAAGAGAAUUUCUUCAGUUAGAUUUAUAACAGAUUCUGUUCUUGCUAUUGCCGGAGAUGAUGAAGUUAUAAGACUGUACGAUUGUGACUCACAAAAGUGCCUUUGUGAAUUUAAAGCUCAUGAAAACAGAAUAAAAGACAUCUACAGUUUUGAAAAGCAAGGACUACAGGUUAUUGUUACUGCAUCCAGUGAUGGAUACAUUAAAUUGUGGAGUCUUGAACUUGAUAAGAUCCAGGAUAGACCAUCUUUGCUAUGUGAAGUCAAUACCAAAGCCAGGCUUACAUGUCUAGCAGUAUGGCUAGACAGAACUUCAGAAACCAAAGAGAACCCUGACAAUGCUACAACCUCUUCUUAUGUAAAUGAAGAUGAACAGCCAUUGAUAACUAGGAAAAAGAAAGUUUGUUGGACUGAUAAUAGUGAUAAAUCAGCAAAGGGAGAUAGGCAAGUGAUGCUCAAGAAACGAAAAUCAGAAGGUGCACAGCAAAAGAAGAAAAUGAAACUAUAGAGCUCAAAAUGAAUGUAACUUCUUUACCAUUCAAAUAAUAAGCUGAUAUCAGUAAAUUUCGGUAUCACUGUAACCAUUUUUUACACCUCUCACUUCUACUCAAGGCAUAUUUUGCCAUCUCAACAGGGCACAUAUCUCUGAAACUAUCUUAAUUUGGGGAGUAGAAAAUGUUUCUACAUUGAUAAAUGAAAUGACCAUUCAGAAUUUUGGAAGGUGGCAAAUCUGACGGUACUAACUUCUCUUGAAUUAUACCAUUCAGAAGUAAACACAUAAUGUAGUAGUAUCUAAUGUAUAUUUUAAUUAUAUCAAGUAUAGUAUAAAAAUUCUCUUUGAGCAGUUCUGAAAUUCAGUUUAAAACUACAAAAAUUGCUGCAGUUCUGUAUUAAUAUACUUGGAUUUUCUGGUUUUAAUCAUUAAAAUUUGAAAAUAGGUUUCAGUGAAAUAUACAAUGAAAAUGUCUGCAAUUAACCAUUUCUACAAUGUUAAAUUGUUUGCAACAGGACUGGCAGCCCAUAAAGAUCUUCCACAGUGUUUGGGCACUUGUAUCUAGGAGGACUUAAUUUUGGAGGGGGCUAGAUUUUUAUAUAAUUCAGGGUAAGCUGUGUUUUAAAUACACCCACUAGGCUGGAUUUUUGUACUAAAAAAAUGUGCCUGCCUUUAUCACUUUAAGGGUUAUUUUUAGACAAUCUUAAUGUAUACUCCAUGAUGUCAGAAAAAUAGAACUACCAAAAAUAUCCUUCAGUUAUUCACAAAAAGAAAACUUGUGUUUAACCCUUGAGACAGCAAUGAAAAGAGGGUGUAAAAGCAAACAGUAUAUUUUUUGCCUUCUGAUAUUUCAAGUCUUUAAUUUUAAAAAGACCUCUCUGUGUCCCUAAAUUCAACUCUGUUUAUGUCCUCUUUUUCCAGGAGUUGGUUUACAUGAUUGAAACAAACACUUUGGUAACUUUUAUGCAGGCAUUUUACAAGUAUUUACAUUUACUCUUGAGCUGUUGAAAUGCCAGUGUUAAUAAGAAGUGGGCUAGAACAACUUUAAGAUGUUCUAUAUGUUUUAAAUCUUUAUGUUCAAAGAACUCUAAUAUAAAUUAGUUAAGUUGGAAAAGUUUAUAUUCAUUUCUUUCCUUCUCCUUUUCUCCCCUAAAAAUGUUUAUCAAGUCUGUGCUCUGAGAUUUAUUGUGUAAAACGGACAAAGAGUAGUAUUUAUUACGUACGUAAAGUUGCCUCCCUGAUGAACCAUUAUA